AUGGCGCCCGCCGUCGGUGGCCCUCGAGGCUACACGCCAGCGACGGGUAGCUGAGGAUGGACGGUGGUGGUCGGGGCCGUCAUCUCCAUUGGCUUCUCCUACGCAUUCCCCAAGUCCAUCACUGUCAUCUUCAAAGAGAUUGAGGCGAUCUUCGAUGUGACCAGGAGCCUUGUGUCCAGGAUCUCUUCCAUCAUGUUAGCAUGUGCAUACUCAAUCAGCAGCAUCCUGGUGAAUAAAUAUGGGAGUCGUCCUGGUAUGAUGGCGGGAGGAAGCCCAUCUGGAUCGGGCUCUAUCUGUAAUUAUGUUCAAGCGGUAACUCAUUUAACUUUCUAUAUUUCGAUUAUGUUACGUUUGGGAUUGGCCUCCAACCUGAACCCUGCCCUCACCAUGAUUAGAAACUACAUCUACGAUAAGCGGCCUAUUGCUAAUGGCAUCGCGAUGGCCGGCAGACCGGUCUUCCUGUCCACCAUGGCGCCGGUAAACACCUGGCUGUUUGGCACAUUUGGCAGGCGAGGAAGUUUCUCAAACCUGGGCGGCCUGUUAUUCAAUUGCUGUGUUGCUGGUUUCCACAUGGGUCCCAUAGGACCACGACCCAAACCUGCAGAGAGGGGCACAGAGGGGAGGACGGUACUGCAGAACAUCAACGGCUUCAUCGACCUCUCUCUGUUCGAGCACCAGGGAUUUUUUCUCUUCAUUAAGGGCAAUAUUGUCAUGUUUUUCGGACGCGUUGCUCCGCUAGUGUUCCUUGGUAAUUAUGCAAAGAGUAAAGAUAUCCCUAAAGACAAGGCAGCUUUCUUACUGUCUGUGCUGGCUUUCAUGGUCGCCCAGCCCUCAAUGACUAUUGUGGCUAAGACCAAGUGGGUCCGGCCUAAAAUACAAUACUUCUUCGCUGCCCCGAUGCUGUACAACGGAGUUUGCCACCUUCUGGUACCAAUAUCGGAAGAUUACAAAGGCUUUGUGAUUCAUGCCAUUUUCGAGACCGUGACGGACCUGGUGGGGACCCAGGGCUUCUCCAGUGCCGUCUGGUUGGCCACCGUUGUGAAGUGUGGUCUUGUAUUGUUAGGACGCCCUUUGCUUGGGAUGUUCAAUGACGUGUAUCACGAUUACAACACAUGCCAGGGCCGUGGCAUCGUCUCCAGUGUCAUCCUGUUUGUGGGGGUGGGACUCAACUAUCGCAAGAAGAAGAAAGAGGAGGAGAAGAGGGCUAGGGUAUAG